AAAAAAACAGCUUCAAGAAAAAAAAACAUAUCUCACUUUAGUAUUAUAGGGUUAAUGGCGAAUUUCGAGAAUCUUUCUUCUGAGUUUCAGACAAUAGCCAUGGAUAUAUAUUCUUCUAUAACUCAAGCUGCGGAUCUAAACAACAACAACAACAGUAACCUUCAUAAUUUCCAAACAUUUCAUCCAUCCUCCACUUCUCUCGAGUCGCUCUUCCUUCAUCAUCAUCAUCAACAACAACAACAAUUACUUCAUAUUCACGGGAACUCUCCAGAUAAUAGUAACAAUGUCUCCCCGACCUCAAGUUUCAUCCAUUCUGAUGAUCACAGCAACGUCGAUGAGACCAAGAAGAGAAAAGCUUUGUUACAUUCUCUGUCUUCAUCGGAGAAUAGUACUGGAGUCUCUCAUAUUAUUAAUACCGCCGAAACGGGUACUCUGAGAAGAGGUAAGAGGCUGAAGAAGAAGAAAGAAGAAGAAGAAGAAGGGAAAGAGAGGGAAGUAGUUCACGUGAGGGCCAGAAGAGGCCAAGCCACUGAUAGCCACAGCUUAGCCGAACGGGUUCGGCGAGGGAAAAUAAACGAGAGAUUGAGAUGCUUGCAAGAUAUGGUUCCUGGAUGUUAUAAGGCUAUGGGAAUGGCUACAAUGCUUGACGAGAUAAUUAAUUAUGUCCAGUCUCUACAGAAUCAAGUCGAGUUUCUCUCGAUGAAACUUACUGCAGCAAGUUCGUUUUAUGACUUCAACUCAGAGACCGAUGCUGUUGAUUCCAUGCAGAGAGCAAAGGCACGUGAGACAGUGGAGAUGGGUAGACAAACAAGAGAUGGGAGUCCUGUCUUCCAUUUAUCAACAUGGUCCCUUUGACUUUUGUUUUCUCUUUUCAUUAUCUUUGCUUCUUUUUCUUUUUUUAAUACUGUUCUCGAAAUUAUUCUUAUAUUUAUUUGGAUGCGAUAUGUUAUACGACCCAACUUGGAAUAUAUAGUAUUUUGUAAUC